UCUACCAGACCUCAGGAUGAAGCUGUUCACAGGCCUCAUUUUCUGCUCCUUGGUCCUGGGAGUCAGCGGCAGCGGCAGCGACAGCGACAGCGACAGCGACAGCGGCAGCCGCAGCUGGUUUUCAUUCGUAAGAGAGGCUUAUGAAGGGGCCAAGGACAUGUGGCGAGCCUACUCUGACAUGAAGGAAGCCAACUGGAAAAACUCGGACAAAUACUUCCACGCUCGGGGCAACUAUGACGCUACCCAAAGGGGGCCUGGUGGUGAAUGGGCUGCUGAAAAGAUCAGUGAUUUAAGAGAAAGUCUUCAGAGUUUCUUUGGCAGAGGAGACGAGGACACCAUGGCUGACCAGGAAGCCAACAGAUGGGGUCGCAGUGGCAAAGACCCCAAUCACUUCAGACCAAGAGGCCUGCCUGACAAGUACUGACUUCCUCCUCACUCUCUCAGGA